GUGUAUCACCAUACCAAGUAGAGAAGUGAGCUAUCAUGGUAGAGUUGUAUGUAGGGUAGCCACUAAAGAGAGUGUUGUACCAACAUUGAAAUAAUGAAUAAAGUGUUGAGUUCCCACAAGUUUGAUAUUCCAAGUAGUGUGGUGUGCAAAGAUCCUCAAAAGUGGGUGUUAGGAUCGCCGACAGUAAAAUCUCUAUAGGGAUUCAUCGUCAGGAAUGAUUGCGAAGAGGCAGUAGCAGGUUAGCAGUGCUCUUCAUGUCGAAGCUCUUGCAUUUUAGCUGUGCAUAUCACUUCUUCCAUGCGAUGCAGCCUAGUGAUGCUGGAGGCGGAUGCCACUAUACUGAAGCCGGCUAUAACGUCAAAUGACUACGAUCGUCACUGCUUGGUGUCUUUUUCCAGAAAAUUAAUGCCAUGUUAUUUAGUGCUUUUGACAAUGUAGAAAUUUCUGUAUAUUCAUGAGUUUGUAAUGGUGUUGCGCACGCGCUCUGUUAGGAAUGGGAGCGCACUAUUUGGGUUGGCCAUUUAACUCAGUUUGUACUGAAGCUGUGUGCUGACGAUUUGUCCAGCAUUUCAGCUUAAUGAAAUGCAACAGUGGUCCUCUCGAAAAGAAAAAAAAUCAACGAAUCUCCUCCUCCCCGUCACCUCCAUGCCCUCGUCCCCCGUGGCCUCCAUCCCCCACGUCCCACCUAGCCACCAUGGACGGAAAGUGCAGGCCGAGCCGUGCCCUGGUCGCCGCCGCCCCAUCGACUACCUCCUUCGCUGCAAUGGCCAAACCAGCUCUCCCGCGGCGACUGCAGCGCACGAUUACGCGCCCGGGCUUGCCGGCGGCGGAAGCAGGCGCGCGGAUGGCCGAAGCGGCGACGGCAGCAGCGAGGACACCGAGAGGUUCUGGAUGAAGCUGCUGAGCCUCGGUUUGGAGGAGAAGCAGGGACGAGGAGCAGGGGGCGGUGGCGGCAGCGAGGAAGGGAGCGGCGCCGAGACGGACAAGGAGCUGAGAAGGGAGAAGAUCAGUUAAGAGGAUUAAGCUUCUGUAGGACUGCAGAACCUCGUUCCUGGCUGCAGCAAGGGAGAUGGAUCAAGCCUCAAGCAGAAGAUUUGCUAGUUAUUACUUCAGUUCAGAACCAGCAUCUUCAAUUCAGAAACUACAGGGCAUCUCCAGUCCAUUUCCUUCUGCGGCUUGUGCGGGGCGCGACUGUGGGGUUCAUCUUCGGGUGGAAGACGAAGAACAACGCGUGGGAGGUGGAGGCUUGGGAUGAGAUUUUCUAUUUUGUAUCACUCGUAUCACUGCAGCAUAGCUUCAGAUCAGAAGUGAGAUCGUUAAGUUCAGAAACCUCAUCUUCAGUUUAGAAACUACGAGGGAGAUGUGAAAAGGGAAAAGGAGAAAAUGCAAAAAUAAAAGUGUCUGGGAGAAAAAUUUGGAAAACGCUGUUCCAGACGAACAAAAAUAGAACAUUUGGGACGAAA